AUGUUUUGUCUCAGGAGCUGGCUUCCACUCCUCUUCAUCCCAACCAACGCAUCCCCGCUCUUCCUCAUCUCCUUCGUAACUCUCACUUACCUCCUCCACCGACCCUGCAUCUACUGCUCCGCGCUCCUCGUCAUCCUCUUCGCCUCAACCUGCACCUGGUCCGACCGCUGCUUCUUCAACCUCCGAGCCGACUGGUUCGCUCCCCGCUACACACCCUACGAUGCCGCCGCAGCCGCCGGCUCCGCAGCAAACAACAGCUGUCUUGCCCACCCGCACAAUGCGUCGUCAAUAUUGGGGCCUGAGAACGAGUCGCUAGCGGGAUAUGUGUUUGAGGCCGUCAACAAUACCGCGAAAGCGCUAGCUGGUGCUGUCGUCGACGAGACGCAACGGCGAUUCUUCCCCAACGCCGGCGAGAGCUCAUGUCCUUCGGCUUCGCCUGCGGGCUCGACCGCCGCGGAUGAGUUGACUGGAUUCGGGCUGGAGUGGUUAAGGAGUAUGGUUGGGCGGCGCGAGUGGACGCUUCCUUGCGUGGAUGUGAAGAUUCGAGUAUAA